AUGUACCGAAUAGAUGGCUUGCUUUUAGAAAUUCCUUAUCCCGUUGAACGACCAUCAAGUGCCUACUCAUCUCAAUCGUCGCAAUCACAACUUUCCGAUUGCCAAAUGUUAACACAGUCUCCAAUGCAUUCUCCACAACUUUAUGCCAUGCAACCAUCACGAUCUGUGAAUUCUCAAGUACCGAUCAGUAUCCCGGAAACAAAUGAUACACCUCAAAACCAACAAAUUGAUAAUAUCAUUGCAAAAGCAUACUGGAACGCUUCCCAAAUGUAG